UACUCUCCUCAACAUCACACUCACAUCAGCAGAUCCGGGAUCUGCGACAUCAUUUCACUCACUCACUUUACUCCACUUUUCCAUUCUUUAAAAAUGUGAAAAUAAUAUCCUCAUAGAAACGCCAUGUCUGUAAAUAGCGACUCCGCCAUCGACUUAUCCACCUCCUCCACCCCCCACACUCCCCCCCACCUCAGCUGCUCCCGCACGACCUCCUCCUCUUCACACACCUCCGAAACCCUCGCCUCAGAACUCUCCGAAUACCUUACAAUCUCCCCAACUCGCCUCGAUUUCGCCAAAAAACUAGGCUACACCGAGGCUCAGGUUUCCUUGGCGUUGAUCAAAUUGGGGCCCGAGCCGAGUCAGAAUGAGCUCUUGAGUGAACUUAUCCUGUUGGAUGGACAGCAGAGUGGUGGGUCGAGUGGGUCGAGUGGGUCGAGUUUGUCUUCUGGUGGAGGCUGUCUGGUCAGCGAAGGAGAAAAGGAAAAUCCUGAGGAAUUAAGACAUGUGGUGAUUGAUGGGUCCAAUGUUGCCAUGAGCGCCGGUUCGAACACGACCUUCUCCACCUCUGGCCUCCUCUCGUGCUUCACCUACUUCAAAACCCGGGGUCACACGGUCACAAUCUUCAUCCCGUCCUUCCGCAAGGACGACCCGCUCGUCUCCGACCCUCUGAUCCUGCUCGACCUCGAGAAAUCCGGAAAUCUAGUUUGGACCCCGUCCCGCGUGGGCGUGAACAAGAGGACGAUCUGCUAUGACGACAGAUACAUUUUGCAGCUGGCCGUGGAGACGGAAGGGGUCGUUGUUUCGAAUGAUAAUUAUCGGGAUUUGGUGGGAGAGAGGGAAGAGUUCAGGAAGGUCGUGCAGGAGCGGUUGCUCAUGUAUUCUUUCGUGGCGGGGAGGUUCACCCCCCCAGAGGACCCCCUUGGUCGCAUAGGCCCCUCCCUGCACCAAUUCCUCCGGAAGAGCCGAACCCCAUCCGCCCCGCCCUGUCCCUACGCAAAAAAAUGCACCUACGGCUCCAAGUGCAAGUACUACCACCCAUUUCAACCCAAAUCCGUCUCGGAAGUCCUUCGGAUGAAAUCCGCCGCUGCCAAAACCCAGAGCGUGCCACUGACCAAAAACAGCAACGUUUUUGCCCAGAAAGAGUGCAUCAUGCGGACCAAGAGCGCCGCCACGCCGACGACGAGUCAACAAGCGGGAGGGGAAGUGAGGAGUCAUCGGAAGUUGGCGAGGCAGCUGAGCAUCAAUCCUUACUCGGAGGAGGUCAGAAGUGCGGACACCCCUCCACCCACGACCACUUCGACCACGUUUUCCUUACCGCCCUUCCCCAGUGACCCCAGUCUGAGCCGGGUUUGGGGCCCCCCGAUCGACCCCGUUGAUAAAUUACGCUAUCAUUUAUCCCAAAUUUUCCCCGCUGUCCAGGUUGAUCACGUGCUCGGGAUGUAUCCGGACUGCACGGACGGCGGGUUCAUCUGCGCCGAGAUCGUCAGGGUUUUCUGCGGGAAUAAGUGACGAGAUUUGUGAUUUUUCUUGGACGCACCUAAGAAAAAGUGAGGAGUGUAACUGCCAUGCAGUGUUUUUCGUGUGGGCGAAUUUUUAAUCGUUUUGUACUCGAGAUGGAGAUGCAAGUUUUAAAUGUCGUUAAAUAAUAAAAUUUAUUCGGAGACGCA